AUGGGCCGAUACGUGGCCAAGCGGAAGCUCGAAAGCGACCUUCAAGGAUCAAAACGCAGGUUCGCCAACAUGAUCGGCGGCCAGGAGCUGAAGCCAGAUUCUGAAACUGUCUCCGGCCAUUCCGAUGCCAUGAAGCGAAUCAAUGGUGGUGGUCUUACCCCCAAGACGCCAGGACAUUUCAAGAUUGGGAUCGUCGGCUCCGGCGUAGGUGGACUUUUCACAGCUUUAGCCAUUGACUGGAUCAACGAAACCAUCGCCAAGGAGAAGGGAUCUAAGCACCUUAACAUCUCCUACGAAAUUCUAGACUCUUCGAAUGAGAAACGGUUUGGCGGCAGACUUUACACUCACCGCUUCAGUGAGGAUGGCGUCCAUGAUUACUAUGAUAUUGGGGCGAUGCGAUACCCCAAGAAUGCAGUCAUGGACAAGUAUUACUUGAACGAUGACAAAGGAUUUUGCCCUACAUUUUUCAACAACGUUCGUGAAGUUGGGAAUCCAUAUCGGAAGGGUUUCACCGAGAAGGAUCCUUUCGGACUGAACAAGGGUAUUGCCGAAGACAAGCAUCUCAGAGCAAAUGCAAUCGGCGAUUUCAUUGCAUAUAUCAAGCAGCAGCUUGAUAACUACAUCAAUGACGGAACACCAAUGCCCGUUGAAGCUGAGGAUGAGCUUUGGGACCUCUUGAUGAAAUGUGAUCAGAUGAGUGUGCUUGAAAGUGACGGCCUAAUUCCUGGCUUCCCCAUUGGCGCACCAUUCGGGCCAGGCUUUAGUCACAACACCAUUCAAUGGCUCGAGACAGCCACUUGCGGCACUGGCUGGUAUGAUCAAAGCUUAACAGAAGCUAUCUUGGAAAGCAUUGACUUCUACAUUACUGAUGAUGAGUAUUGGGAAGGGCCGAGGGACUAUCGGCAUGAAUCCUUCUUCACUGCUCCGAAGUUGGAUUUGGCCAACAGAAAUGCCACAGCUGCCAAUCUUCUCAUCGGCAUCCUUGCGACAAUUUUGACGUUUGUGGCAAAAGCUAAAAGCUUCCGAUUCCAUAACAUUCAAAAGCGCCAAACUAAUUCGACUAGCAUCACUAUCCGUGAUGUAGUAGCACAUCCAAAUGCCACAGGAACGUGGCCCAUCAACGGCAUUGAUGUGACGAAACCACUUCUGGACCCGCCAAGCGACGACUACGGCCCCGGAAAUGGUUGGAGCAUCAACAUUGCCAUUGCCACCAACAUUACUGCGGAUAAAAUCAGCACUUCGGCAUCGAAUCCUGCAGCCAUCACUCUCGAGGCGCCAGCAAAUGCUUUUCAAAACGUAAAUUCGUCGACGAACUACACUGAGAAUUACGAUAUCUGCUCUUUCGCCUGGUUUGAAAAUGUCUGGACCGUGGAAGAAUUGGAGAUGCUCCAAGAUGAUGUCAACGGGUCCUGCAACGGUAUCAUUUCCGAUGAGUGUAUCCAAGAGACAAAAGAGGUCCUGGGGGGUAAGCCGUGCUAUAGCUUCAGGGGCUUCGACCUGCCUAAAAGCUGCCCACAAGCACUUGCGUUCCCCUCGUCUUUUCGGAGAAACGUGACUUUCAAUCUGCCCACCGGAACUUCCACCAACGAGGGUUCAUCUUCUCAACUCUUCGGCAUAUGGGGACCUUAUUCGAACAGAUCGGAAGCUGAUCUACGUGAUGCUUGGAGAGACUCGGUCGAAUUAUAGCGUCUUUCGAUGUGUUCGAGCCAAUAACAUUGUACAGGGAAGUCGCGAACCAGGAUCCUUUGGAAGUAAUAGAAGAAGCUCUGCAGUUCGGGCUUCUUGGUCAACCUGC